GUGGGCGGGGUGUAGCCAUACAGCCAGACGCCUCUGGGCCUCAGCCUCCGUCAUUUCCAAAGUGGAUCGUUUGUUGUCAAAAUGGAGUUUCUGCUUGGAAAUCCUUACAGCACGCCUGUGGGCCAGUGUGUAGAGAGAGCCACGGAUGGAGGCCUGCAGAGUGAGGACUGGACUCUGAAUAUGGAGAUCUGUGACAUCAUAAAUGAAACGGACGAGGGACCAAAAGAUGCGAUGCGUGCCCUAAAGAAGAGACUGAGUGGCAACAAGAACUUCAGAGAGGUUAUGCUGGCGCUGACGGUUCUGGAGACAUGUGUAAAGAACUGUGGUCACAGGUUUCACGUCCAUGUGGCCAACAGAGAUUUUAUCGACGGCGUCCUGGUCAAAAUAAUCUCCCCCAAAGCAAACCCACCCACAAUCGUGCAGGACAAAGUGCUGUCCCUAAUACAAUCCUGGGCUGAUGCCUUUAGGAGCAGUCCUGAUCUUACCGGCGUGGUCCAUAUCUACGAGGAGCUGAAGAGGAAAGGCGUUGAGUUUCCGAUGGCAGACCUGGAUGCUUUGUCUCCAAUUCACACGCCACAGAGGGGUACCCCUGAAGUGGACCCAGCUAUGUUGAAGUACCUCGCUCCUAACAAUUCAACUGGGGGUCCUCCUAAACCCAGCCAGUCCACUCCCACCACCACACAGGCCUCCAACAUCCCCAGCCCCGUCACUGUUACUCCUGAACAGAUUGCGCGGCUACGGAGCGAGCUGGACAUUGUGAGAGGAAACAUUAAAGUCAUGUCAGAGAUGCUUACAGAACUGGUCCCUGGUCAGGAAGAUGCUUCUGACUUGGAGCUCCUCCAGGAGCUUAACAGAACAUGCCGCGCCAUGCAGCAGAGAGUGGUUGAGCUAAUAGGUCGUGUGUCCAACGAGGAAGUGACUGAGGAGCUUCUGCACGUCAAUGACGACCUCAACAAUAUAUUCCUUCGAUAUGAGAGGUAUGAGAGGUACAGGUUGGGCAGGGCUGCACAAAACAACGGGAUGUUAGCUGAGACUACAGAAGAUAACCUCAUAGACCUGGGGCCAGGCUCUCCCGCCGUGGUUACACCCAGAAUUACGUCCAGCCCUCCAUCCAGCUCCGCCCAGAGAGACGCAGCGUCAGCAACUCACAACCCCACAGCUUCCUUAUCUACUGCACUCGCUAAUCUUGAUGUAGGCCCCGACACUGUGAGCGGUACACUCACCUCUCUGUCGGGCCCAAAUAAGGACGAUUUUGACAUGUUCGCCCAGACCAGGAGCAGCUCACUGGCUGAACAACGCAAAAACGUAAAAUAUGAAGAACCCCACGCUCUGGGAGGCCUAGCCUCUGCUUUGGAUGUGAGACAACAAAACACAAGUGGGCUGAGGGUAAAAGGGGAUGAUAACCCAGCAGAUCAGGAGCUGCCCAUAGACAGCUGGCUUAUUACCCAAGGAAUGAUCCCCGUGUCGCAGUCCUCUGUCAUGGAUGACAUAGAGGAGUGGCUCUGUGCUGAUGUGAAAGGAGAUGCUGCUGAGGAGGGAGUGACCAGUGAAGAGUUUGAUAAGUUCCUAGAGGAGCGCGCUAAGGCAGCAGACACUUUGCCAUCUCCCCCCGGAGCUAACCCUGCUCAACCUGCUCGACCCACGACCGGCUCCAGCAAGAAGGCUGAGCGGACAGAGGAUGCCCUCUUUGCCUUGUAGACUGUUUCCAGCGAAAAUUAGCUUCUGCAGCAGGAAUCCGGAAGGUCAUCCUAGAUAAUUCCCCUCCAGAUCAUCUCUUCUAGUUCCACUUUACUGCUAACUGGAUGGAAGUGGUGUUGCAAGUGAACUCCACCUCCUUGCUCUUCUCUUGCUUGAACCCAUUAAGGUCAAACGUGUUUACUGCACACUCUGCUGUGUUCCGUUUUGCGAUAGAUGGAUGUAUAAAUCAGUUCAUGUGGGAUGUAGAACUCGCAGGCUUGCAGCUCAUUUGCAGCAAUCCCACUAAAUGAAGACUACGAACUCUGUCUCAUUUUGUGGAAGAAUGUAGUUUAUUACUAUUAAAAUUAACAGUGCAGGCUGAUGCAUUGAAUUUUUAUGAAAGCAUACAUUUAGAAUAUUUUAUUUUUACUACAUUCAGCUAAUUGCAUAUUUAUGCAUUUGUUAUAAUGGUUGGAUCUGUAUUAUGUUGCGGUUCACUUAAUUCUUUAAUCGGCUAAUAUUCACUUUAUUCUGGUUUAACCUUUAAUAUCAGUAUUAAUUGAUGCGGUUGUAAAACCUGUUUUUGCCUGCUUACCGAUAACACAGUAAAGAAAAAGCUGAUUUGAUGGGAUUUCUUACUAUAGAGGAGUCCUCUGGAAAACCUCUAACCAAAGGGAAGUUUAAUGGUGGUCAGUUAAAACAUGUUAAUGCAUCUCAAAUCACAAAAGGGAAGAAGUAUGUCCAUUUGAUACUUUAAGCAUCUUAAAAAAGAAACUUAAACAUGAACUGGGACCAUCAAUUAGCAUCAAGCACCUUUAGUCAUUCCAAAGAAUAGUAAGGCUUUAAUGAGCAACUAGGACUUUAUUUAUUUAUUAUAAUAUAUAAAAUGUUAGACUAAUGCGCUCUGUUGAGGUUAGUGCAUGUUUUGGUGAUUGAGAAGAAAUAACUCAGAUUUUAUUUUAUUUGAUAAAAACCCUUUUUUUUGGCAUCAGCCUCAAAAUCUGUAGAAAAAGUGGGAUAUAGUUUACGUGUAUAUUUGCUUUAACUCAUCAUAAUUUGAGAUAUAUGCUAAUUUAUUUACAUUCCAUAUUUAUAGUGCAAAAAUACACAGGACAUAUUUAGAUGAUACGCCAGAAAUAGCGCCUCCUACAGUUCGGAAAUGUUAACUGCAGUCCGUGAGAGCUGGUCUACUGGGUGUUUUCAGAUGAGUCUCUGCUUUUACACCACCUGGUUCAGGUAAUUGCUGUAAUUAGUCAUUAAUGGGAACCAGGUGUGCUGAAGCAGGGACCGUUCCAAAACGUGCUAUAAACUGGCCCCAGACUCAAAUAUUUUAAAAUAAAAUAAACCAUCUUCAUUGAUAAGAAUAGAAUAGUAAGUCAUUUUCCUCAAAGUUUAAAAUGAAUCACCAGACUUCUUUUCAUAUAGAUUUUAUUUCAGAAAAACAAAUGGUGGGUUUGUAUGUCUUGCUCAUCUGAAUUUGUACUAAACAUUUUUUUAGUGCAUGGACAAAGCCUCCUCUCAUAGUCCGGGACAUGAAAAAUUAUCUUUGCUAGUGAUUAAUAAUAUUUUAAUAAUGAAAAGAAAAUCAUUCCAAGUUUAAUUCCCGUUCAUCAGUUAUUGACUAAGAGUAGAAAAUGAGACCUUAAUAAUAAUUAUUUUUUUAAACAAAGGAUAGUAGACACUUAUUUUCUAUUAUUUAUCUCUGAGAUUCAAUUACCAAAACAUGCAUGGACCACUAGUAUAUGUAUAUAUUUUUU